CAAGGGCUCGAUAACAGAAGCAACCUGUACCCAUAUUUCUAGAACAGUUCCAUACGUCUUUUUUAGAUAUCCUUUGUGCACUGAGGCAAAGAAAAGAACAGAAGGACCAUACCUUAAUUGCACUCGAACAUUGAUUCCAGAUGGAUGGUAAUUACAACAUUACAUAUCUUAUACUUGGAGGGCAUGUACAGCUUGCAAAAUAUAGAUAUUUAUAUUUCUCAAUGACUCUCCUGCUCUUCAUUUUAAUAAUCUGCAGUAAUACCGUUGUUUUAUAUGUCAUCUAUGUACACGAAAGCCUUCAUAAACCCAUGUAUACUUUUGUUGCUGCUUUGCUGAUGAACGCCCUGUUUGGAAGCAUAAGCGUCUAUCCAAAACUUCUUAUAGAUCUGCUUUCAGCAACCCAAACUAUAUCCCGUCCUGCCUGCCGGCUACAGAGUUUUUUAGUAUACGUGUAUGCUGGUUGCGAAUUCACACUGUUGUCAGCGAUGGCUUUUGAUAGGUAUGUAUCCAUAUGCAGACCACUCCAAUACCACUCCCUUGUCAGGACACAAACUGUCAAAUUAAUUUUGUUUUUGGCCUUUUGUUUACCUUGUUGUAAAAUUGGAAUUGCUAUUAUUUUGUCAACUAAUAUAGGACUAUGCAAGUUUGUGUUGAUGAGAAUAACUUGUGAUAACUAUUCGCUUGUCAAGGCAGGGUGUGGGGACUCAACUGUAAGCAAUGCAUAUGGGCUCUUUGCAACGGUACUUUCUAUACUUCCACAUCUAAUAUUUAUUGUGUUUUCUUACACAAGUAUAUUGUUAAUUUGUCUGAGGAGCUCCAGGGAUUUCAGGAGAGGAGCUCUUAACACGUGUCUCCCCCAUCUUGUUAUAUUUCUGAACUUCACCAUUAUCAUUACGUUUGAAAUCAUUCAAAAUCGAAUUUCUUCUGGCAUACCGCAUAUUGUUCGUCUUAUAGUAUCUCUUCUGUAUGUUGUGAUUCCUCCUCUGUUCAAUCCUCUCAUGUAUGGAUUUAAAAUGAAAGAGAUAUCUCAACAUAUUGUAGCACUUUUCAAGCUGAAAUAACAGUGCUUGUCAGACAAUGAGCUACUCUAGACAGAGGAAUAUUAUUACUUCACUUCAAUCUGAAACCAAAAAGAUAUAAUGCUGGUUUUUGAGAAUAUCUUGUGUUUGACAGUGCACCUUUUUCUGAAAACGUUGCCAAUUUUAAGCCACUCAAAUGGCAGGAGAAGUCUUGCACUCUCGCUUUUUUUUGCUCUCUCUUUACCCUCACAAAUCGUACCUGCAGCACCUUGCAUUUUCAUUCAUUAUGUGACUUAUCUAGUAUGUCAUAACAGUUAUGGCAACAUACAAUUAAAUGAGGGCUGUCAAAUUAAUAAAAAAAUGAACGCAGAUUAAUCGCGCUUCUAUAGUGCCCUUUGACCUGGUGCGUCAUUUGCGUUGAAACAAAAUGGAGGCAGACGAGAAGACUCUGCUCGGCCCCGUGAAAUGAAAAUUUAAGUUUCAACAACUGUAAAUAGCAACACCGUUAUCUGUAAUCUCUUUAGUAAGGUAUUGAGAUGCAUUGA